AUGGGAUUUCCGUUUACAAAAAGUUCUAAAGUUAAUCCUGGGGAUUCUUAUAGUCCAAUAGAUAGCAGUCCAACAGCUAUACAUCAACAUCAGAAAAAAAAGUCGACAAUUUACGAGGAUGAAUAUAAUCCAAUGAGUCCCAGAUCUGAAAAAAGACUGUUGAAUAUUGAAGAUGAAGAUGAGAAACAAAAGGGAAAAUAUGGUGGAUUAAUGAAAUAUAUAUGUUGCGGCAGUACCAAGAAAAGUAAAUGUAAAAUAUGCGCAAUAAUUUGUUGUUUGUUGAUUUUGAUAAUUAUUGGCGUGGUGGCUGGAGUAGUGAUAUUUGGCAAACAGCCUCAAGUGGAAUUUCUGGAGAUAGGCCCAUCGCCAAAUGAUGUUGAGGCUUAUGUUAAGACACCAACUGGAUUUGACUUUAAUGUUGGAUUGAAAAUUAGGGUAAAUAAUCCGAAUGUUAUUGGUGCAACCUUUUCAUUGAUCAAUGUGGUUGCUUUCUAUCCGAACUUUGACAAGUCAAUCGGUGGUGGUAAUUUGACCAAUGUGAAUAUCGAGAGUAGAGGCAACACAACAAUAAAUUUUCCAUUUUCGAUUCGUUAUGAUAAAGAAAUUGAUCCAAAUUUUGCAAUUUUGCUCGAUAUUGCUUCAAAAUGUGGAUUAAUUGGAUCAAGUGGAAAACAAAAAAUCACUAUAAAUUACACGGUGUCAUUGUCCUUAAAAGUUCUAGUAAUAUCUUUUCCACCUUAUAGUAUUAAAAGACAAGUAAACAUUGAUUGUCCUCUUCAGGAUGGCAAGAUUCCUAAUAUACCAGGGUUUGAUCCAAUUAAAGCAGCAAACGACUUGAAUCAAAAAAAGAAAAAGAAAUAA